AUGUACACCCGCAGCAAGGUGCUGGGCGCCCCCGCCGCCCCCCACCCGGCCCGGGGCCCCUCUGUGAGGCGGCGGGAGCCAGACCCGCUGCCAGGCCAGCGGCAGGUUUGGGAGGCCACUCCGGAGACCCCUUCGCGGGAAGGACCUGGGCAUGAGGGCCAGAGGCUCACAGGCACCUACACCUUGAUAGCACCAAAUGAAAACCGAAGAAAGCAGAUACAAAGGAUUGCUGAGAAAGAGCUGGAGAACCUGGAGAAGUGGAAGGAGCAACAUAGAGCGAAGCCAGUUAACCUGGUACCAACGAGGCUAGGUGGAAGCCAAUCAGAGGCUGAAGUCAGGCAGAAACAACAACUCCAACUGAAGCAAUCCAAAUACCAGCAAAAGCUAAAAAGAGAAGAAUCUGUAAGAAUCAAGAAAGAAGCUGAAGAAGCCGAAAUCCAAAAAAUGAAGGCAAUUCAGAGAGAGAAGAGCAAAAAUCUAGAGGAGAAAAAAAGACUUCAAGAAAAUCUCAGAAGAGAAGCAUUUAGAGAGCAUCAGCAAUACAAAACUGCUGAGUUCUUGAGCAGACUGGAGACAGAGUUGCCAAACAGAAGCACCUAUCAAACUGCUUGCCAUAACCUACAAUAUUCAGCUUGGGCCAGAAGUCAGGCUUAUAAGGAUUCUCUAAAGGAAGAAGAAAACAAAAAACUACAGAAGAUGAAAGAACAACACCAGAAGAGUGAAUUUCUGGAAUUUAAGCGACAACAACAGGAGGAAGAAAGAAUCAGAAACCAGCAGGAUGAGCACAGGAGGGUAAAUAAUGCUUUUCUGGACCGGCUCCAAGGCAGAAGUCAGCCAGGUGGCCUGGAGCACUUUGGAGGCUAUUGGAAUAUGAAUGGUGGUAACAGCUGGGAUAUAUGA